UCUGUGGGGAGUACGUGCAGGGGCUUCAGGGGCCGGCGCGGGUCUGUAGUAGUACGAAGUUGUUGGUGGGGAAGCGCAGCGAGGAUGUCCCGGAGUCGGAACUGAAGUAACGCCCCUGUGGGAGCUGCCGGUCCGGGCGCUUCUGCGGCUGGACCGGGGCUGAGGCGCGCACGUGUGAGUGCCGCUGAGGCAGCGCCCGUGGUCUAGGUGGCCGGGGCCGCGCGGGUCCUGCUCCCCAGGUGCGAUGUUGCGGAGCCCGCGCUGCGCCCAGGUCUGCCGCCGCCAGCCCGCGCUCGCCUGGUCUCUGCUCCGGGAAGGGCAGCGCGGCUGCCACUGAGCCCCCGAGGGAUGCCUGCCGGCCUCAGCGAGCCUGCGGCCGCCGCUGCUCCGGCCGUCGCGAGCGCCUCGGGGACCGUGAGCGUGGCUCCCGGCGCGCUGCCGGUGCGGGUGGACGGCAUCCCACUGGCCCUGGGCUCCGCGACCGCGGCGCCGGUCAGUGUCUGCGUGGAGUCCCGGGCGCCCCAGCCCCUGGCGUCCCCCGUGGGGACCCUAAUGACCAAAGUGGCUCCUGUCACCGCCCUUCCUAAAGUCGGCGGCGGCCCUCGGCUGCCCGCCCCCCAGAUAGUCACCGUGAAAACCCCGGGCACCGCGACCAUCCAUCUGCCUGCCAGUUUGCAGCUUCCUGCAGGAACAGUUUUGAUCAAAAGCAACAAUGGUCAUUUGAUGCUGGUGUCUCCUCAGCAAGCGGUAACAAGAGCUGAGACCACAAGCAAUGUAACUCCAAGGCCAGCAGGACCAGCAAACACUCAAACAGUCAAGAUCUGUACAGUGCCGUCCCUGGCUGUACCAGCCAGUGUUGUCACAGUUACUCCUGCAAAGCCGGUGAAUACUGUAACUAUCCUGAAGCCAUCAAGUUUGGGAACAGUAUCUACCCUCUCAUAUGAGCCCAGUCUCAAAGCCGAGACCCCCCUAGCUGCUCAGGCUGCUCAGGCUGCUCUUUCUCCGACAAUGCUAGAAAAUGUGAAGAAAUGUAAAAACUUCCUUUCAAUGUUAAUAAAACUAGCAUGUAGUGGAUCACAGUCUCCAGAAAUGGGGCAGAAUGUGAAGAAGCUGGUGGAGCAACUUUUGGAUGCAAAAAUUGAAGCAGAAGACUUUACUAGGAAACUGUAUGUGGAACUCAAGUCUGCGCCUCAGCCUCACCUAGUCCCAUUUCUUAAGAAAAGUGUGGCUGCCUUAAGACAGCUUCUUCCUAGCUCCCAGAGCUUCAUUGAGGAGUGUGUUCGGGAAACUUCUAGUGAAGUAGUCAUUGCCACCUGCACCACAACAGCAACAACUUCCUCUGUGCCGACCAGUACAGUUUCCUCAGUCCAGCCUGAAAAGCCCAUCCCUGUUUCUGGACCAACAGCACCCAGACCUGUGUCUGUGCAGACUCCGAAUCCACUUGCUGGUGCAGGAGGGGCAAAAGCUGGAGUUAUGACACUGCAUUCUGUGGGUCCAGCCGCUGUAACAGGAGGUACCACUGCUGGAACUGUUUUGCUUCAGACUUCAAAACCACUCUGCACAUCCGUACCAAAUACGGUGACAGCAGUCUCCCUGCAGCCUGAGAACCCAGUUGUCUCUGGAGCAGCGGUAGCACUGGCCCUUCCCUCGAUGACUUUUGGAGAAACUUCUGCUGCAGCUCUUUGUCUUCCACCUGCUCUUACUUCUGCUGGGACCACACCUGACAGACCUGUCAUUGGCACUCCAGUUCAGAUCAAACUUGCCCAGCCAGGCCCCCUCCUUUCACAACCAGCUGGCAUUCCACAGGCAGUGAAAGUCAAGCAAUUAGUAGUACAGCAACCUUCUGGAGGUGUUGCGAAACAUGUGACCACCACUCCUCAUUCCUCAGCACUGACCAUUCAGAAAUCUGGGCAACAGAUGCCAGUGAAUACUGUAAUGCCUACUACUUCCAUCCUAAAGCAGAUUGCUCUGCCUGGAAAUAAAAUUGUGUCGCUUCCAGCACAAGCAUCUACUGUUCAGAAAAAUAAAAUAAAAGAGAAUGGAACAAUGUGCUUCAGAGAUGAAGAUGACAUCAAUGAUGUAACUUCCAUGGCAGGUGUCAACCUCAAUGAGGAAAAUGCCAGCAUCUUAGCAACAAACUCUGAAAUGGUUGGCACACUCAUUCAGUCAUGUAAGGACGAACCGUUUCUUUUCAUUGGAGCUCUACAAAAAAGAAUUUUAGACAUUGGUAAAAAGCAUAACAUUACAGAGCUUAACUCUGAUGCUGUGAACUUGAUCUCCCAUGCAACACAGGAGAGAUUACGAGGCCUUCUGGAGAAACUGACUACAAUUGCUCGGCAUCGAAUGACUACCUACAAGGCAAGUGAAAAUUACAUCUUGUCUACUGAUACUAGAUCACAGCUCAAAUUCCUUGAAAAGCUAGAUCAAUUGGAAAAACAGAGAAAGGAUUUAGAAGAAAGAGAGAUGCUACUUAAAGCAGCCAAGAGUCGCUCCAAUAAAGAAGAUCCAGAACAGCUGAGAUUAAAGCAGAAAGCCAAAGAGUUACAGCAAUUGGAGCUUGCCCAGAUGCAGCACAGAGAUGCCAAUCUCACAGCUCUUGCAGCUAUUGGACCAAGGAAGAAGAGACCACUAGACUCAGGAAAUGAGGGCUUAAAAGAUAGCACUGCUGCAUCUGGGACCUCCAGCCUAACAGUCACCAAACCAUUGCUCCCUCCAAGAAUCACGAGAAUCUGCCUCAGGGACUUGAUAUUCUGUAUGGAACAGGAAAGAGAGAUGAAGUAUUCUCGAACUCUGUAUCUGGCCCUUCUGAAGUGACCACUUUACUCUCCAUCCAGAUCUUCACAGUUUACUGCCAAAGAAGAGGAAGAGAGCAUUCUUGCACUGUCCUGAAAUCCCAGUUUCUGGAAAACAGUCACCAGUAUGGAAGACCAUUGUUUACACUUACAAGCUUUUACAAAAUCUUACCUGUAUAUCCCAUGGGUUCUUACAGACUACAAUUCAGAUGUUUUCUGAAAAUGAGUUAUGAAGUACACGUUACAUAGUAGUGCCUGCUCACCUGUGCAUUUGAUUACAUCAAGCUAAGGCUCUCUAUUACAUCUGCUUCCUUUGCCAAACUAACAAUGAGGUAUCAACCCCUAAUAUAACCUACAUUGUGAGGCAAGAGAAGAAUCAAAAUAUAUUUCAUACUGUGCUGAGCCUAGUGUUAGGCUUUAUAGUCUGCAAUAAGUUACUUAACUGUAACAGUUACCUUCUGUAGUUGAAAAUGUGACAAAGCCACACAGUAGGGCCAAUAGUUACCUGGGUUAGUUAAGCCCUAGAAUUGUAAAUAGGACCUGGUGGAGACCAUUUGUGCCUGAGGUUGCUGAUUCUCCGGCUCCCCACACUGUACUGUUUCUGAUUUCAAGUGAGGGGCACCUUGCCAGGGACACUUUAAAACUGAAGAUGCUGCUGAUAUACCUCAUUGAAGAAUGGAAAGGUAGAGAGUACUGGAAGGAAUGAGUUCACACUAAUGAGAGGAAAAUGAAAAUGCAUCCUAAAAUAGGAACUGUGUUCCAAGUGGCCACAGAAGGAGGGGUGCAAGUGGGAUGCCAGAGUGUGUCCACAUUUUGGUGAUGGGGAGAA